AUGACUGAAAUCGAAAAAGCCGAAGAGACCUUUGAGGCCAACUCCUCGGAGGCUGUAGGAGAAGAAGCAUUUGUCAAAUCUCUCGACAAAGGUAAGAGGAAUUUGGGAUAUAUCAGUGCCGUCGGACUUAUGGUGAACCGUAUUCUCGGUACUGGUAUUUUCGCUACUCCCUCCACCAUCUAUAAUCUAUGUGGUUCCAUCGGUUUGAGUUUGAUCCUUUGGGUUGUGGGUGCUCUUAUUGCUCUGGCCGGGUUAUACGUCUACAUGGAAUUUGGUUCUGCCAUUCCCAGAAACGGAGGUGAGAAGAACUAUUUGGAGUAUGUCUACUCAAAGCCCAAAUUUCUCACCACCGGUAUGUACGCUGCCUACGUCUUCCUGCUGGGAUGGGCAGCUGGUAACUCCAUCGUUUGUGGUCAAUAUCUUCUGACUGCUGCAGGCGUGGAGGUGACAAGAUGGGCUGAAAGAGGAAUCGGUGUUGGAGCCAUCACAUUUGCAUUCCUGGUUAACGGAACCACUGUCAAGUAUGGUGCUUAUUUGCAGAACAUUCUGGGAUUAUUUAAGAUUGUGAUUGUUUUGUUCAUCACCGUCACCGGAUGGGUUGCUCUUGGUGGCUGGAAGAAGACCGAUAACUUUCACAAUUCUUUUGAGGGAACUACCAGUGCUACCGCCUACGGUAUUGUCAAUGCUCUGUACAAUGUCAUCUGGUCUUUCAUCGGAUACAGCAAUGCUAACUACGCCCUUGGUGAGAUCAAGAACCCUGUCAAGACUCUGAAGAUUGCAGCUCCAACUGCGCUGAUUGUUCUCGCAAUCAUCUACUUGUUCGUCAACAUUGCCUACUUUGCAGUGGUGCCUAAGGAACUCUUGAAAACCUCGUCCACCAUUUUGGCCGCUGACUUUUUCGACAUCGCCUUUGGAAAGACGGCCAAGAAGGCUUCGGCUGUGUUUGUUGCUCUGAGUGCUCUUGGAAAUGUUAUGAGUGUGAUUUUCUCCCAGGGACGUAUCAUCCAACAGUUGGGCCGUGAGGGCAUCUUGCCCUUCCCAAAGUUUUUCGCGACUUCAAGACCUUUUAACUCCCCAUUCGUUGGGCUGUUCCAGCAUUGGGUGGUUUGUGUCAUAACCAUUCUGGCCCCACCACCUGGAGAUGCUUAUAACUUCAUCUUGAAUUUGAUCUCCUAUCCGCUCAACAUCAUCAACUUCCUUGUCGCUAUUGCCCUCAUCUACCUCAACAUCCAAGCAAAGAGAGGCAAAAUUCACUGGGAACCUCCUUUGAAGGCCACCAUCCCCGUGACGGUGUUUUUCGGUCUGAGUUCGCUUUAUCUGAUCAUCGCCCCAUACAUUCCUCCUGCCGAGUCGCAGAAACACGCAGUCUACAACGAUUUGCCAUACUACGUGCAUUGUGUUACUGCUUUGGGUAUUUUCUUUGUGGGAUUUGUUUACUGGCUCUUCUGGGCUCAGAUUUUGCCCAGACUGUUUGGAUACUCGCUACAGGUUGAAGAGAUCCUCGGAGAAGAUGGAUUCUGGAGGAAGGAGAUCAAGAGGGUCAAGCACAAGGACCUUGCCGAAUAUCUUAGCCAGCAAGGGACACACAGCGAAGAGGACACGAUUGAUAAAUAG